AUGUCUCCCUUUCCCGGACGCGCUCCUCCCUUCGCGUCUCCGUCUCCCAUCCGUUCGGGUCUCUCUCACCCCUCCCUUCGUUCCCCCACCCCCUCCACCCCUCCCUUCGGGUCUCUCGCACCCUUUCUCGUCUCUCGCACCCUUUCGCAACCAACGGCCGUUCCGCGGCUGCAACUCGCCACUCCAUUCGCGUCUCCCUCCCUCACCCGUCCCCGCCCCGUCUCUCUCACACCCCUCCCAUGCUCCGAAAGCAACAGAUGCUCCGAAAGCAACAGGUGUUCCGCGGCCACACCUCCGCCCUCCCGUAGUGCCUCCUUCGCCCCUCCGUUCGCGUCUCCCUCUCACGCCCAUCCCUCCCCGUCUCUCGCACCCCUCCCUUGCUUUUCGACCCUGCCUGCGACUUUUCAGACGUCUCAAAAGUCGUCCCCUCCCCGUCUCUCUCAUCCCUCCCUUGAUCCAGAAGCAACAGGCGGGCGUGUUGAAGAGGCACAUAGCAGCAUCAGGCCGCUGCAACUCGCCCCUCCCUUCGCUUCUCACCCAGCCAUCUCGUCCCGCUCUCUCUCAACCUUCCCAUGCUCCCCUCACGCCUCCGCCUUCGCCCCAAACCAAUGCACCACGAGGGACAAUCAACGCACCACGAGGGACGUUCUCAAGAAGUACAUUGCGGCAUCCGGCGGCUACAACUCACACAUGGCGCAGCAGGGCUCCGUGAUUUCCGGCCACGUCACCAUCUGGGCAUCUGAGGUGGUCAUGGGCGACAAGACGGUCUACGCCGCCCCGACCGCGGGCGGCCGCGGCGGCGCUGACGUGGCGAAGGGGACGUUCCGCGUGGUGCAGAUGCCGCCCAACGUGUGGCACGUGGCGGUGGCUAUGGGCGACACGCGGAUUGACGCCACGUGUGACGGCGAGCUGGUGUGGCGGCGGAGCAGUUGGGGCCCCUCCACGACGGCUAAAGGGCCUGUGCGACCACUCAGGCAUUUGCUAGCGGUGAGCAAGGCUUUGAGGGCUGAGAACUUCCAUCAUCCGUUUGCUUUCCCCCAAUCCCCACCCUUUCCACCUUCUUCCUCCUUCCCCACCCCCUGGCUAUGUCCCGCCCGGCAUCAGGGCCUGGACCCGCCCACAGUCGCAGACGGCCUGGACCCGCCCACAGUCGCGGACGUGCUCGCGUCGGGCGAGUAUCAGGACGACGAGGGCAUAGAGGGAGGAAGGCCAUCCCUCUCCACCCAUCUCCACCUCUCUCCAAUCCUCACCCCACCCUCGCAGGGCCUGGACCCUCCCACAGUCGCAGACGGCCUGGACCCGCCUACAGUCGCGGACGUGUUUGCCUCAGGGGACUAUCAGGGAGACGAGGGCAUAGAGGGCGACGAGUUCAUGUGUGGGAAGGGCCUGGACCCGCCUACAGUCGCGGACGUGUUUGCCUCAGGGGAGUACCAGGGAGACGAGGGCAUAGAGGGCGACGAGUGCAUGUGCGUGAAGGUGAUGGCCAACCCGCUCGCCCUCAUGUCCAUGAGCACGGGCGGGGGCAAUGUGGGCGGCAAGCAGCAGGACGUGUGCGACGUGCUGGCGUACCAGGUGGAGGGGUUCUUCAGUAAAGCGUCGGGGCUGCUGAUUGGCCUGCGCGACCACCAUCUCACCAAAACCAAGACAGCGAGCAACAGCACAAUCUACUGGGAGAGGGUGAUGGUGACGCGGGUGGGGGACUUCCAGCCCAUGGAGGGCGGCAUGAUCAUCCCCCACAGCGGCCGCUCCGUGCUCUCUCUCGCCAAGCGCUGCGAUGACGACACGUCAGGGACGAUACGUGCGUGGGUGAGAGAAGAGUGGGGCGUUGACUCGGUCACGCAGGACGCCAUGGCCAUGCAGGGGUUGCUAGCACGGCCGGCAGAUUUGAUUAUGACGGCUAGCUCCGCGUCUUUGCAUAGAGGGUGA